CGUGCAAAUCAUAGAGUUAGAGUAUAGGAUCAUUGGAUAGAAUGAGCAGUGGACCUAGAGAAGUCAGUAAGGUGACUAAAAAGCCAAACUCCACUUCGAAAUCGUCAGACAGAAGAUUAGCUGGUGGAAGACGGCCUGAAAACUAUCUUCAUAAUGCCAUCAUCAAUAGACCCUCACAUGCGAUACGAGUUUCUAAUAGCACUGACCAGAGGUCAACCACCGGAAAGACUGUAAAGAGAACAGGCGGAGGGAAAACUUGGGAAGAUACGUCAUUACUUGAAUGGGAUCCUAAGCAUUUUAGAUUAUUUGUGGGAAAUCUAGGUCCAGAUGCUAAUGACGAAUUACUACAAAGUGCAUUUGGUCAAUUCAAGACUUUAACAAAAGUGAAAGUGCCUACAGAUAAUAAGACCGGUCAGAAUAAAGGAUAUGGAUUCGUUGCAUUUGAAAGUGCCGAUGACUAUUUCCAGGCUUUCAAGCAAAUGAAUGGGAAGUAUGUAGGACAACACCCCGUUCAUUUGAAAAGAGCAGAGACUCAAAUCAAACCCAUUAAGAAGCAGAAUUCUAAGAGAAGGUGAAAAGAUAGAAUAUUGUUUAAUUAUUUUUGCAACUUGGUGGUUUAGUCACGGCUCACCCCUACUAAUGCCAAUUGAUAUUUUCCAAUUAGUUUAAUGAAUGCCCAACGAUACUUUUAAGACC